UGCACCCAAAAAUGUAAGCACCUAAAUUGACUAGUCACUUUUGAAAAUCCUGGCAUGUGUUUUAGGAGCACAAAUCCCAUUGAUUCUUAAGCCACCUAGAUGAGUUUGAAAUGACCCCCCCCACACACACACACACACACACACGCGCGCGUGCACUUUUCCGUGUGUUUGUCAUUGUACAGUAGAUCUGGCAUAGAGGUCACCAAUCAUUAUAACAGUGUGAAGGGCUCCGCUUGCACUUCCCCAUCUCCUUGUGUUCAGACUUUCUGCAGAAGGGGUAGAUGAUGUCAUGGGUGGACUGGACGAACCAAACAAGCUGAGUCGGGGCUUUGAUUAACCUUCAUGGUCUCCAUGCAGAAUUUUCACACAAUAUUUAAAUAAUUCCAGGAAGGCAGGAUCCCUGAGCACCUCAACAUUGUAAAAAGUAACUACAUAAAAAAAAAGGAGAGAGAAAAAAAUACUCUUCAGACAACUUUUGAUUCUUGCAACAAAUCCUUCUCAAUUUCUGGUGAUCUAUACUGCACAAAGAAAAAUAUGCUGAGAGAUCAGCAGGCAGCAGAUGAAGAAGCUCCCCCUGAUCCAUAUUACCACGGCCACUACGGGGAAUCAGAACUGAGAAUCAUCCUUGUAGGUAAAACAGGAGCUGGGAAAAGUGCAACAGGAAACACCAUCCUUGGCGAAAGAGUGUUUGCAUCCAUACUGGGAGCACAGACAGUAACUAAGAUUUGUAAAGCCGGCAGUAGGAUCUGGAAUGGGAAGACGGUUCGAGUGGUUGAUACUCCUGCAAUUUUUGAUCGAAAGAUCUGUAGUACAGACACUUACCAAGAGAUUGGUCGCUGUAUCAUGCUCUCUGUCCCAGGCCCCCAUGCUCUGGUGCUGGUGACCCAACUGGGCCGUUACACUGAAGAAGACAAGGAAGCAGUGAGGAGAGUACAGGAGAUUUUUGGAGUUGAGGCCAUGAGGUACAUGAUCGUCUUGUUCACCCGAAAAGAAGAUUUAGGGGGUGGUUCACUGAGUGACUAUGUGAGACACUCAAAUAACAGAGCUCUCCAGAUGCUGAUUCAAAGGUGUGGGGACCGAUAUUGUGCUUUCAAUAACAAAGCAACUGGAGCAGAACAGAAAGAGCAGGUUAAUAUGCUGAUAGAAAUAGCUGAGCAAAUGGUGUGGGAGAACGGAAACUCAUAUUAUACUAGUGAAUUAUAUUCCAAGGCAGAGGUGAUGCUCAGUUAUGAUAAUGGAAACUUUGAAGAAAAAUGCAGAAACUUUGGAGAAAAAGUGAAACAGCACAUAACAAACCAAAAAGCCAGAGCAGAAGCUGAGCAUCGUUGGGUGUUAAAUUAGGAAAGCAUGUUCUUGUAUAAUUCCAGUUUAUCUAUGGAGACCUGUGAUAUUUGUGAUAUAUGCUAUAUGUAGGAUAGUAUGUGCUAUAUAUUGGAGAGGAUGUGCUAUAGGUAGGAGAGGAUGGAGGUUCCUAGUAGACAUUGUUUUUGCUAAUGGCAUGGAGAAACCAGCUGUCUUUCCAUCAUGAACACUCCCUACUUCUGAGAUGAACUAGGCACAAAUAGAUUGAGAAUCUUUCAGGAUUAUCUUCAGAAUUUGGAAAUUCCAUACUUAUCUGUAUGGUAGACAUUCUACCCUGCUGACAGAUCAUUGCCUGUUUCUUUCAAUUUCUGGACAAACAUCGAACUCCAAUCCACUUUGCCCACCUCCUUUUUUUCCCUCCCGAAUGCUCAGAAGCAUUUCCUCUAUGGUGUCCACAGCAACCUGUUAGCUGCUAGUCAAAGAUUCAGUGAAUUUUGUUUCCUGAUGGCUUAGAAAUCAGAAAUUAAAAGCACAGUGACUGUCAGCCCGGCAGAGUACAAGUUAUGGGUUACAGUAUCUAUGCCCAGUGGGGGUGGGGGACUGAGCUUUUAGUACUUUCGGUAAGUAAAGAGGUUUUUUUCCCCUUUGAACAUUUUAUUUAACCAUUUCUAUGCAAUUUUGUUUCCUGGAUUGUUAACACCCUGCCUUGGUGGAAGUGCGGCCGAUACUUACAGCAGCACAUAGACAGUUUCCAUCUCUUCUCAUUACCCCGAUGAGCAUUAGCUGUAUGUGAUACUUGUAAGUACAGUUUUCUGGACUUUCCCUGACUACAGCAUGUUGGGGGUAGAAGUGAGAGAGAGAGAGAGGAAGGAUCGACUCCGGCGGCAUGGACCGUUCAGCCUAUGAUCGCUGUUUUAUUGCAUCAGAGUUGUUACAAGCUUGCAAGCCGUAUCGCUCGUUCACCUCCCCCACAUCCUGAGGAGAAAGCCCAGCUUCUGGUUUCAGGCUUCUGUCCACAGUUUUACUCAGACAGAACCGGUGCCCCACAUCCUGGGUUUGCCUUCUGCAGUUUACCAGAUGGGGCUGAGGUUCAACAAAAUCAACCCCCCACAUAGCAUACUACAUAUUAAACAUUACAUUAAACAUAUAAUCAAACCCCACAAAAUAGCCUGGCUACAUUGCAUUCAUACUAAACCUCCUUCAUGAUUUUUUAAUGUAUUUUUAUGCUAUAUUUUGAUUAACCACAACUGGGUUUCCAGAAAUUUUGGGUAACUCUACUUAAUUCAUCUUUAACUCCCUACUUCAAAUUAACUCAAUUAAAUUCUGCUGGCUAGUCUAAGUAGCACUUCAAGCUAUACAUGUGUGUAUAGAGAUAUAUACCUAGAGGUAAUAAUUAACCCCUUAACCGGUUUCAAUGAUUACUUAAACAAGUCCCAAGAAACAGCAGAGAGAAGAGGGGUCAACUCCGUCUCUCUUCCCUCGAUGGCUAAUGUGCUCUUACCUGAUCGAGAGGUUGUUACCCAGUCGGGACCUACCAAGCAGCAAGGGGGAGGUUGCUAGUAGACGGAUCUGGUCACAGCCUGGGAGAGUUGAGGGAACUGAAAUAAGGUAGCUUGAACCGUACAAGUUCUAAGUUACUGCAGCCUUUUGGCAGCAAUAAAAAACAUAGAUUAAUCAACUCCCCUGCUAUCACGGAGUAUGGGUUACCGAGCCCUGUGCAGCCGCCAUUUUUAAUUUCAGGUACCGUUAUAUCACAAUUCAACUCAAAGCCUCCUUUACAUGUUUACAAAGGAAUCUCCUUGUGAGAAUCUAAACCCCAGUGACUAGUCAAUAAUACGCAAUAAGGAUGCCCUUGGAGUGCAAUGAGGGGUCCUUACACAAUUACAAUAUCCAUAGAGAGCUAAUGGUGAGAGACAGGGGGUCACCCACAAGGCAUACCAAGUUAGUCUGAUGGUCAAGACCACGAGCACUCCUUUGUGUCUAUGUCUACUAUUUCCCCCUAGAGGACAUAUUCCUCCCUCUACUGCAGAAUUUAUCAGUUAAGAAAAGUAGAAAUAAUAUACUACAGGCAAAGAAAUAGAAAGGAUUUCCAUAAAAUGGAAACUCUUUGUUUCCCUGUUUGAUCCUCACCCUUGCUAGUGGAAAAGUACCAGCAGUUCAAG